UCCCUUGGAAAAACGUCGCAAAACAAGACGAACGGAUCGCGUAUGGCCUUCUGUCAAGACUACAGGGCUCAGCAGAACAUAUUUAUGUCAGAAAGUUGAGGAAUUUAGUUUCAGUGCGGAGAUGUUUGAGGAG